AUGUCUCACAAAGUGGCGCCCUCCCUUCAUAGGCGAUUCUUUGCAUCACGGUCGCGUAUAUUUCUAUGCCUUGUGGCCAUUGCGGCUACUUUUAUGCUACUGAACCACCUCUUCAAACGUCGUGAAGUCUAUACUCUUGCACAGCGAAUAUCGCAUCCGCUCGCUGUCGUCGAGGAUCCUAGCCAGUCACAAUCAGUCCUUGCCGAUAUAGCAUCACCCCAUGAUCCAGAACCUCCUUCUGAACCUACUCGUCUGUUAUGUCAGUCUCUUCAAGGCUUGGACGACAUCUUUCUGGUAGUGAGGACUGGUGCUAGCGAGGCUCUGCAGAAACUUACCGUGCAUUUCAACACCACUUUGCGCUGUUUACCAGAAGAUUCCUACGGAAUCUGGUCCGACCUCGAAGAGACUAUUCAUGGCCAUUACGUCGGUGAUGCCUUAAACGGAGUCAGUCCUGGUGUUGUUGAUCAGCAUCCCGAUUUCGACUAUUAUAAGCAGUUGAAGGAAAACGGACGAGAGGCAUUCUCGGCGGAAGAGAUUGCAGCAUGGGCAUCUGCCCCAAAUUCAGGCAGUGGAAAGAAUACUCCAGGCUGGAAACUAGACAAGUGGAAAUUCCUACCGCUAGCCAAAAAAGCGUACCAACAGCGGCCGGAUGCGAAGUGGUUCAUCUUUACGGAAUGUGAUGGAUACAUAAAUUGGACCUCGUUUAUGUAUUGGCUGUCCCGUCACGACCCGUCAAUGCCCUAUGCAGGGCAGUUGAUGAUUAUUGAAGAUGUCGAGUUUGCUUACGGCGGGGCCAGCUUUGUCAUCUCCAACGCAGCCAUGAAAUCUGUUACUGAACGAUACAUGGCUGAGAUAGACAUGUACGAGGAUUACACCGGCCAUCACUGGGCAGGCGACUGUGUACUCGGCAAGGCUUUGAAGGAUGUUGGGGUUGAUUUCACUCAGGCAUGGCCAACAUUUUACAGCGAAAGUCCCUUCGAUAUGGACUACAACUCGUCCGUCACAGGGCCAGACUCGCAUCUGUGGUGCUACCAUGCCAUGACCUGGCAUCAUCUAUCCCCUUCCGAUAUAGAGGAGCUCUCCUCAUUCGAGGAAAAAUGGAAUCUAGAGGUGAUUUUCCACUCUAUAAGCUUGGAGAAAGUACCAAAUCAGACUAACCAAUUGGCAGCACUCGACUUUAUUACGUCAUGCAGAUGUCUUCCGCCACUUGGUGAUGCCGAGGCUCAGAGCGCAAGCGGAUGGAUGGGAUAA